CAAACGCAUUGAACAGUAUAAAUUGUAUUUGUAACUUUGACGGUCGUUGAGUUGUAAUUUUCCACUCUCAAUAAAGUGGUUUUUGGUCAUUUCAUCGCGACAUACAUCGGUCAGCUAUGGCGGACAAAUCAGCAUCGUCACCGGCAAUCGCUGCCAGCCCAGCAGCUAAUAGCCCAGCCGUUCAAGCCGUUCCUGCAAAGAAAGCAGCUGCUUCACCGAAGUCGAAGAAGCCCCGUGCAAAACCGGCGCAUCCACGCACUUCCGAGAUGGUGAACGCGGCUAUUGCUAGUUUGAAGGAACGCGGCGGAUCGUCUCUCCAGGCAAUUAAGAAGUACGUUGCCUCCACGUACAAAAUCGACGCGGAGAAGCAGGCUCCUUUCAUCAAGAAAUACUUGAAGACUGCCGUUACUACGGGAGUCUUGUUGCAGACUAAGGGUAAGGGAGCUUCAGGCUCAUUCAAGAUUGCAAAUGCGAAGACCGACGCUCCGAAAGCUAAGCCGAAGGUACAGCGCGCCGCUGCAAAGCCAGCUGCACCGAAAAAGGCAGCUGUUGCUAAAAGCCCGAAGAAGUUGACCGCCGCAAAAAAAUUGGUCGCUGCAAAGAAGCCCGCAGCCGCUACGGAAAAACGAAAGGUCGUGAAGAGCCCAGCCGCGAAACCACCCAAAGUUAAGACUCCGUCAAAAGCAAAGAAAGCUGUCAAGGCACCUACCCGCAAACCGAAGGCUCCGAAGCCAAAGAAGGCUGCUCCAGCUCCAAAGGCGGCCAAACCGGCAGCCAAGAAGGCAGCUGCAGCACCGAAGAAGAAGUGAACAGCUACAUUUUGUCACCAAUAUCAGCAAUCGUCGGAAAAAUAAUUUAAACGGCCCUUCUCAGGGCCAUCAAUUUACAUCUAUGCAAAUGAAUUGACAUUGUCGAUACUCUGAACCAUAUCCAAAUAAUCCCAUACCAUCAGUAAAAAAAAUUUCUAUAAAUCGUAAUUUCCCAUAUAACAGUGGUUUUUGUACAGCCAUAGUGGACACGUUGGAGCAUCGAUUUGAGUUAAGAAUUUGAAUUAGGUUUGGCUGUUAGGUAAUAGUAUUUGCACAGCUGCAGCUGUUUCCCGGGAUAUCAUAAUUAUUUAUUGUUUAGGCCUUUGAACCAUUCUCGGAAAUGUAGCGGGAUCGGGAGAGCGU